CUGUUUUUGUAUUUAGUAUAUAUUUGAGACUACAGAUGAACAUGUAUUGAAUUGGUGGAAACAAAAUUAUUAAAAUGUGAUUAAAUUAACUUCCUAAAUGGCUUCUAUAAACUUUGAAAGAGGAAAAUGUAUUAUCUGCCAAGAUGAUUUUAAAGACAGUAACAGCAAUGUUGUCAAGCCAACUGUGGGACAAGCAAGAGGUGUUGCAACCUUGCUUAGAAUAAGCAAAAUGAAAGAUGAUGAAGUUUAUCAACGUAUGAAAGUAGCCAAACUUGAAAACGCACCUAUUCUAUAUCACAUGAACAAUGCUUGCUACAGAGUAUACACCCAAAAACGGCAUACUGAAGAAACCAUUGAAGGAAUGGUUGGAAACACACCUCAUUCCUCAACAGCACAACCCAAACAAAUGAAAUGUUCCCUUCCACAAAGGAAUGAAGAAACUGAAACUG